CGCCGACGUACAACCUAAACGGAAGAGAAAGAGGCGAGUCGAUGAAACCGAUUGUUUUCUGUCCAUUGUCUGUAUUUUCGCGUGGCGGUAACCGUCUCUGUGUCCCGGUGACGCUGUCGGGUGAACGUACAGACGCACUGAAGCUGUAAAUCAUUUAUAUUUUUAAAGAAGGGGGUGGCUGACCGUCACAAUGGACUCCGCUGACUCGGACACGGCUGAUCGUCGCUCCGCAGGUGAACCAGACAAGGACAACUCCAGCUCUGAAGAUGAUUUCAUCCCACUGUCGAAGCUGCUUGAGAAGCCAAAGCUCAACAAGAGUUCUCGUGACAACGGCCACAGCUUGACGUCCAACACGAACUCCAAAACAAACAAAGAUGAUUCCUCGGACGACGAGCCGCAGAUAAAGAAGAAAAAAGGCAAAAAGAAAGCUGCUCCUUCCAAACCAGAGCCCGACACUGACGGCGACUCUGACAACGAGCCUCUGAUCAAAAUCGCCAAAACGUCCAAACCAGCAAAAAAACGGAGCUCAGUGACGCCAAAAAAAUCUGCUAACAGGAAGAGGGAAGCGUCGCCAGAUAAACACGAAAGCUCAGAUGACGAACCUUUAAUUGAAAUUGCCAAGAAGCUUCAGCCACGGCAGAAGAGAAGAGCUUCUCUCGCCUCGCCUAAACAAGCAACUCCAGGUUUUAAAUCCCAACGGAACGCGGCCAGGAAGAGCGUUAAUUACGCUGAGACGCACAGCGAGCACAGCUCAGACGACGAGCCUCUGGCGACUUUAACGAAGAAAAGAUCGGACGCUCCCAAAGACAAAACGACUUCGUCCAACAGGAGAGGACGAAGAGCAAAAACACAGAAAGACUCUUCAUCCUCAGAGAAAAACUCGGACGAAGACGACGUUCCUCUGACCAAACUCGUUUCCCGGAAGAAAAACGCGAAGAAGAGCAACGUGUCUCGAGGCCGGCUGGCCAAAAAGACAAAAGAAACGAGUGAUGGGAGCUCCGACGACGAACCGUUGGUUCACCCGGUAAAGACAAACAAAACGAAAGCAUCGACUCAGAAGAAGAAAACAAAAAGUCCAAGAAAAAAACCUCCAACAGACGAGUCGAGCAACGUUUCCGAGGACGAGGCGACGGCUCCGACGCUCAAACACCCUCAGGUGACCAAAACGGCUCGAGUCCUGCUGAAGAGGUGCGACGUUGGAGGGUCAGCGGCAGCUCUGACGAAGUCCAGACCAGCAGGAAGGAAAGCAGCUAAAGUGAACUGGGAGGGAUCUUCAGACGAAGAAUAGAAGCAGAACGCUGCAGUUUGUUCUCGUGUUUUAUAAUCUGUUUUAAUCCAAAGGUUUCCGCUUCAGACCACGUGUUUCCAGCCUUGUCCUUUUUUAUUUCACACUGUGCUCCGUUUGUUUGCAUCGACUGGUUUUAUAUAAAACAAAAGAAGUUUCAAACCCGUUCUUUCUGCAUGGACUUCUUCACAUCUGCUCCAGCUGCUGGAUUCCUUUACAGUCGGUAAAUAAACAAAAUACUCCAAUUCCAAUGAAAGUAUAAAAAGCUGAAGUAAAUACUCUGAUGGUCGAGUUGCACAAAGGUUUUCUCACAUCACAUUUUACAAAAGUCCACUGGAAUAAAGUUUUAAUGUUAAAAAAUGUAAUCAAAAAAUUAAUGCGUUUAUUGAAUUAAAUAAACUGUUGCCUUUUAUUACUUUUAUUGGAAUAUUUCAAGGAAUUUGAAAAACAAAGUGUUUUUAGUUAAAUCCUUUAAAAAAAGUUUAGUUUGAAAAAUGAAAGUGACGUAAUU